UAAAAAUCCAUCAGUCAUUCAAUUGUGAGCACCAGGUCGUGGUGGCAUCGCAGUUCCAGCGAGCAGUCCGCUCGAAGGCUGCGGUACGACCGGUCGCACGCGACCGCAAACCGCCGACAUGCGGCCGCUUUACCUGCUCCUGACAGUGCUCCUAGUGGUCGGCGCGUCCGCCGAAGACGCCUUCCGCCUCGUCAUCUUGCACAACAACGACAUCCACGGCCGCUUCGAGGAGACGGCCCGGAACUCGGGCACCUGCAAGGACAAAACGCCCGCCGGAGGGGCGAAGGAUGCGGACGGGUGCGUCGGAGGAUUCGCGAGGACGGCGCACGAGAUCCGGAAGUACCGGGAGGCGGCGAAGACCGGGGGCAGUCCGGUGCUGUUCCUGAACGCCGGGGACACGUACGUCGGCACCCCCUGGUUUGCGGUGCACAAGUGGAAGAUCAGUGCGGAGUUUCUGAAUGCUCUUAAGCCUGAUGCUGCGUCACUGGGCAACCACGAAUUCGACUUUGGCGUGUCAGCCCUCGCUCCCUUCGUCGAAGCCGCCGAAUUUCCCCUAGUAGCCGCCAAUCUCAACUUCGAAAAAGAGCCUUCACUCAACAAAGUCAACAAAUCAGUGGUACUGGAAGUAACAGGCCGAAAAGUAGGCAUCGUGGGCCACCUCACCCCCGACACUACCCUCAUGUCGUCACCCGGAGGCGUCAUAUUCCUCGACGUUGUCGACUCCGUGAAAAAAGAAACCGAACAACUGGCCAAAGCAGGCGUCAACAUAAUCAUAAUUUUGGGGCAUUCGGGGUACGAAAUGGACAAAAAAAUCGCCGCGGAAGUACCUCUAGCUGACGUGGUUGUUGGAGGCCACACUAACACGUUUCUGUGGAAUGGGGCGCAGCCAGACACCGAAAAACCCGAAGAUUUGUACCCAAAGGUUGUGGUACAACCAAACGGGAAAAAAAUACCGGUGGUGCAAGCGUACGCCUACACGAAAUAUUUGGGGCUUUUGAACACCACGUUCGACAAAAACGGCGACUUGGUGGACUUUAAAGGUCAACCAAUUUUUCUGGACACUGAUAUCCCUCAAGAAACAGAUUUUUUGAAUUUGUUGGAAAAGUACCGACCGGAAGUUAUCGCGUUAGACAAAAUGGUGGUGGGAAAAUCUACAGUACUGCUGGAUGCUACUUCCAACAAGUGCAGACAUGUUGAAUGUAAUUUAGGUAACAUGAUUGCGGAUGCUUUUGUGUACUAUAUGGCUGCACAAUACGCCGGUCCCGGAUGGACUGAUACCCCCAUAGCGUUGGUAAAUGGUGGUAGUGUUCGAACAACCAUCGACCCUUCAGUUAGGGGCGGCAAUAUCACCAGGGGAGAACUCAUGGGCACUUUACCCUUCGAAAACCAAGUGAUUACCAUAACUUUGAACGGCUCCUCCUUAAUUAAAACUUUAGAAAUAGGUGCAAGAAGUAACGGAGAGACUUCUAAAGGAGAGUUUUUGCAAGUUUCUGGUCUUCGCGUGGUGUAUGAUUAUAGUAAACCGAGCUAUUCUCGAGUAGUGUCGGUGAAAGCAAGGUGUGGAACUUGCAGAGUUCCAAUUUAUGAACCUGUUGUUGCAGAUAAAUUGUAUAACAUUGUGACUCUUAGUUUCCUGGUGGGCGGCGGCGAUGAUCACUAUAUUAUAAGAGAUGCAGAUAAUAAGAAAACUCAAGAUUUGGCAGACGUUGACACCGUGGUUUGGUAUCUCAGUAAACAGUCGCCGGUUUACCCUGAAGAACAGGGUAGGAUCGAGUUUAUUGAACACAAGGAGAGUGACAAAUCUUUGGGUAGCCGGAGGAUAGGUCCCACGGUUUUGUCCUUAAUGUAAUAAAAGAAUUUGAAGGAAGAACAGUUUUAAUUUUCUCUUGCUGUGAUAAAUAAAGCUAGAGAAUUGAGUGAAGCAGGUUAUGCAACCAGUUAUACAGUUUCCAGUAAACUAUUUUUUAUCUUUGUA